CUACUGAUCGACUUACAACUUCACAAUGGCUCCCAGAAAGGCUAAAGUUCAGAAGGAGGAAGUGCAGGUCUCGUUGGGACCCCAGGUGCGCGACGGUGAGAUCGUCUUCGGAGUGGCCCAUAUCUAUGCCAGCUUCAACGACACCUUUGUCCACGUUACGGACUUGUCCGGGCGCGAAACCAUUGCCCGCGUCACCGGCGGCAUGAAGGUCAAGGCUGAUCGUGACGAGGCUUCUCCCUACGCCGCUAUGUUGGCUGCUCAGGAUGUUGCUGAGAAGUGCAAGACCCUCGGCAUUACUGCCUUGCACAUCAAGCUGCGUGCUACUGGUGGCAACAAGACCAAGACCCCCGGACCCGGUGCCCAGUCCGCUCUGCGUGCUUUGGCCCGCUCGUCGAUGAAAAUUGGUCGCAUUGAGGAUGUCACACCAAUUCCAUCCGAUUCCACCCGCAGGAAGGGCGGUCGUCGUGGUCGCCGUCUCUAAGCGGUGCGAAUUCUUUGAAGUGUUUUUCAUUAUUGAAACUACAAAAAUAUCGCGUUUAUGUAUGUAAAAAUAGAUUUUCCAUGCAUAUAUACGUUGUAAUAAAGCUGAAGAACCUUAUGUAAGCGGUAAA